UCCUGAAAUAAACACAAAUACACACAUGCAUAGACACAGAGUUAUACACAUGUAUGCAUAUAAUCGAACACACACAAAAAAAAAGAAAAAAAAAGAAAAGAAAAAAAUAGCGAAGGUCCCCCCCCCCUGAACGCACGGACACCCACUCCUUAUAAAUACCAGGGCUUCCUUAUGUUCUUGCCUCACACAGCCACAGACUGUCCUGGUAACUGGUUGCUUGUCUACUGAAGUUUAUUUACUUAUUAUUUGUUUUUACUCUAGCUGUCUUUGUUAAGUUUCUGGUUCGAAUCCUCGACUCAACACGAAAUAUUCCGUUUUCUUCGUGUUUUACAAAAGAUCUUAAAGAUGAGGUUAGUCAUCACAGUCGCAUCAGUGCUGCUAACAUUGCAAGUUGCUGCCCAGCGUCCGGAGAAUGGGAUAGCGCCCUACAGUGUCAUUAAACAAGGCAAUGGCUACGAAGAGAGACUGUACCCCGAGUUACGUUGGGUUUGUCAUCACGUCAUCCAGCGUAUGGCAAGACCCGAUAUCUAUACCAACUCCUUUUUGGCUUUGUAUGGCUACCUCAAUGGCGCCAAUUCGGAGAGCAAGAGAUUCCUCAUGACAGCUCCCGUGACCAUGGAAGUCAAGCGCGUGACUGAGGACUUGCAACAAUUCCAGAUGUGCUUCUAUCUCCCCCCCUCCUUGCAACCCCCUGCAACGCCCCCCCCUGCGCCGACGACUCGUGGUUCUCGGAUCAUCACACGCCCCUCCGUGGUCGUCCUUACCAGGCAGUUCGGCGGGCGGCCCGAGACGCCCACGCAAUGGCAGGCCGAAGCGAGGGCCCUGAGGGCGGUCCUGGAAGGGGCGGGCGAGAAGCGCGUCGACUUCUCCACCUUCAUUGGGUGAUGAUGAGUGAUGAUGUUUAAUGGCG